AUGGCUGUUUUCGCACUGGUGGAGCGAUUGGGUCCUCUGAUCGAGAAGGAGGUAAGUCUGCUCCUCGAAUCUAAAAAUGAAGUUGAAAAUCUUACUGGGAAGUUGAAGAAGAUCCAGGAGGUGCUGAAGGAUGCAGAGAGAAUUGGAGUGACUGAUUCAAAGGUCAAAAAUUGGCUAAAAGAACUCCAAGAUGUAUCCCAUGAAAUGGAUGACUUAUUGGAUGAAUGGCAAACCGCGAAUCUUCAACUUCAAAUUGAAGGAUCUGAUGAAGUUUCUAAUCCUUGGGGGAAGGCAAUUUCGUUCAUUCAACCUAUUUAUUUGUGCUUCAAACAUUUUGUUGAACGUCGUGAAUUUAAUCUGAAGAUAAGGGGUUUGAUCGGGAAACUAGAUUUUAUUGUUCAGGGGAAAGAUGAGUUUGGUUUUCUUCCAAGUGAAUUUAAUGGAGUCCAAAUUGUUUCGAUAGUAGGGACGGGAGGGGUUGGCAAAACAACUCUUGCUCAAUUAGCCUUUAAUGAUCCUGAAGUCGAGGAACAUUUUGAAUUAAGAACAUGGAUUUGUGUUUCAGAUCCUUUUGAGGAGACUAAGAUUGCAAAAUCAGUUCUUGAAGCCGUUGGGGAGGGUUCCUCCAAUGCCUCGAAAUUGGAAAUGUUAUUACGAAGUGUGAAAAACUCAGUUUCAAAGAAAAGAUUUCUUAUCGUCCUAGAUGAUGUGUGGACUGAGGACCGCGAGAGGUGGGAAACCCUUAAAAACUCUCUCCAAGGUGCCCCCGGAAGUAGAAUUUUGGUGACAACAAGGAGCGAUCAAGUUGUAAGAGUGAUAGGCACGGACACAUGUAUACCAUUGGGCCAACUAUCCGAAGAGGACUGCUGGUCAUUAUUGAGUAAGAUAGCUUUUGUUAGAAGAAGUGAGGAGGAGCGUGAGAAACUAGAAGAUAUUGGUAAAAAGAUUGCACUGAAGUGCAAGGGGUUGCCACUUGCUGCAAAAACUAUGGGAAGCCUGCUAUGCUUGAAAGAUACUGUAGGAGAGUGGCUAAAUGUUCUAGAGAGUCCUUUGUGGCAGUUGGAGGAAGCGACAGUUCAGCUUUUCUCCCAUUUGUAUUUGAGUUACAAUGAUUUGUCUCCGGUACUUAAGCGUUGCUUCUCAAGUUGUGUCAUAUAUCCCAAAGAUACUUUGAUACGUUUGGAUGAGCUUAUCAGGAUUUGGAUGGCACAUGGGUAUCUUGGUUCGAGUGGAAAUGUAGAUCACAUGCAAAGGAUGGGGUUAGAGUUGUUUAAGAACCUAGAAAUGCGAUCUUUCUUUCAAGAGUUGGAGAAGGAUAAAUAUGAUGAAAGUAAAAUCUCUUGCAAAAUGCAUGAUAUAAUGCAUGACUUCGUUACUUAUCUCUCAAAAGAUGAGUGCUGCUUAAUCUUGUGUGGUGGAGUAGAUAUUACAAAUUGUGAUAUCGGAAAAGUUCGCACCUUUUGUGCUAGAAAUGUUUCUCAAGAAGGCCUACUUCUAAAUCUCUUUAGUCGUUUAAAAUGUGUUCGGGUACUUAUUGCGAGUGAUUGUACUUUGGAUCUCCGAGCAUGA